CCCUGGUUGGCAGCUUGCCAGGCAGGGGAACCAGGCUGAGCCCUGCUAAGGACGGCUGAGUGGCCAGCUCUGGCUGGGUGGGGUCUUCAGGCCAGUCCUGAGGCUGGCAGACCUAGCUGAGUGCUGACAGGCGAGCCUUGGAGUAGAUGGCCAACCUAGGGCCACCUUCUCCUGGGGUCUCACCCUGGGAAGCCACCUGGGUGGGCAGGGCAGGAAGACUGCAUGGGCCCACUCCCCUCUGCCACCCAGGGGACGUGUGCUUCUUCCCAUGAAGUUCUUAGGCUACCAGACCCUGUGGUGAAACAUCUGCUUCCCCCUUGGCUGGGUUGUGGAUUGGAGUCAGCCCCCCUCAGGUAGGAGAGUGUGGUGAGGCUAGCCCAGGUGAGGCUAGCAGAGGAUGUGGGCCAGGGCAUUCUGCAUUGCCAGGUGAGAUGUGGCAUUUCCUCUGUAUACUGCUAUAGCUUUAUCCCCUGCCCAUGGGGAAGACAGAGUGUGUGACUCUACCCACAUGUGAUGGGGACCUAGGCAUGGUGACAGGCUGAGAAGGUGGGAUGAUGGGAGCCCUCCUGCCUGGUCCCCAUCCCCUGGGGCCAGGACACAGGCCUGUAUGUAACUGAGUGGGAUACCUUCCAGUGACGGGGCCUGCUAACCACAGGCGUCUGGGGUCUGUGUGGGGUCAUGGAGCAUGAUGUCCACCAAAGGUUGGUCCUAUGCACGACCUGGUACCGUGGUCCCUCCAGGUGGCCUUGCCCCCACAUUGUGCAUCCUGGGAUCCUGGGGUCCUCUGGCUCCCCCACUUUGCUAGCUUUCCAGGUUCUGCUCUAGGGCUUGCCAGAAGGUCAGCAUGGGCCUUUACCCAGGCUGGGUGGGGAAGGACUGUAGCUCUAUAGCAUUUGUCAGGUGCCUGGCUGCUUGGGCACCUGUGUCCAGUGAGCCUGGUGGCCAGCAGACCCUGCCCUGAGGGCGUCUAGUAGGAGGCAUAGUAGGAGGCUGAGGGACUUCCUGGGGGGCUUUCCCAGGAUCCUCGGGCUCUCUGUCUCAGGUCCAGCAGCAGCAGAGGAGCCUGACAGAAUGGAGGUCCCUAGGGUGAGGGGGAGACCCAGGGUGCACACAUGGUCUCCUGGAAGCCUCACAGCUGAGUGGGAAACCUACUACUACUCAUAGCAGGCUCUCCCUGAUGCCUCUGUGAUUGAGGCUGGGGGCUUCAGGGCUCACGAAGAGGCUGGACACCCCUGUGUGGCCACAGCCCCUUGAAGCAGGGCCUUGCUGGGGGUGGGGAAGGCAGCAUAGGAAGGAUGGAGAAUGGCUCCUUGGGAGAGGCACAGGGGUGGGCACCCAGCACAGGGGCAGGACCUUCAAAGGAGGCCUUAGGCAGGCAGGCUGGAGCACCUUGUUGAGGAGCAAAGCUGGUGUGGAGGGGGCUGUUCUCCAGGGCAAGGUUCUAGAGGAGUGGGGCUGACACCCCUAGCCCUGGAGAGGGUAUUGUAUCUGCCAGCCUCCAAUAGGCUGCUCCAGAGUAGGAGGGAGGCUGCUGUGGCCCUGCUCGUGUUGUCACAGGCUGUCCUUCCCACAAAGCUGGCCCUGAGCCCUUCCUGGCCCCCAGGCUUAGCAGACCACUCUUGCACUGCCCAGCCAGGGCCCCUCACAGUUGCCAGGGCAAAGUUGCUGGAAUGUGGCAGGCACCUCUGCUGGCCCUCUGGCCUCACAAAGGCUGGGGCAAAAUCCAGCUGGGAAGCCUCGAGGCUGUACCAUCUGCUCACAGUCCCCCUCAGAGUCCAGUGUGUCUCCACAGCUGCAGAUGUGUGUGCGCCUGGGGUGUGUGUCCCCCAGAGGUGUGUGUCCUCUACGUAUGUAUUCUCUGUGUGUGCGUGUCCUCCAGGUGUAUGUCUUCCAGGUGUGUGUGUCCUCUAGGUGUGCAUAUCUUUCAGGUGUAUGUCCUCCAGAUGUGUGUGUCCUCUAGCUGUAUGUCCUCCAGGUGUGCGCAUCCUCCAGGUGUGUGUGUCCUCCAGGUGUGCGUGUCCUCCAGGUGUAUGUCUUCCAGGUGUGUGUGUCUUCCAGGUAAGUGUGUCCUCUAAGUGUGCUUGUCUUUCAGGUGUAUGUCCUCCUGAUGUGUGUGUCCUCUAGCUGUAUGUCCUCCAGGUGUGCGCGUCCUCCAGGUGUGUGUGUCCUCCAGGUGUGUAUGUCCUCCAGGUGUGUAUGUCCUCCAGGUGUAUGUCCUCCAGAUGUGCGUGUCCUCUAGCUGUAUGUCCUCCAGGUGUGCAUGUCUUCCAGGUAUGUGUGUCCUCCAGGUGUAUGUCCUCCAGGUGUGUGUGUCCUCCAGGUGUGCGUGUCUUCCAGGUGUAUGUCCUCCAGGUGUGUGUGUCCUCCAGGUGUAUGUCCUCCAGGUGUGCGUGUCCUCCAGGUGUAUGUCCUCCAGGUGUGCGUGUCUUCCAGGUGUAUGUCCUCCAGGUGUGCGUGUCUUCCAGGUGUAUGUCCUCCAGGUGUGUAUGUCUUCCAGGUGUAUGUCCUCCAGGUGUGCAUGUUUUCCAGGUGUACGUGUCCUCCAGGUGUAUGUCCUCCAGGUGUGUGUGUCUUCCAGGUGUAUGUCCUCCAGGUGUGCGUGUCUUCCAGGUGUAUGUCCUCCAGGUGUGCGUGUUUUCCAGGUGUAUGUCCUCCAGGUGUGUGUGUCUUCCAGGUGUAGGUCCUCCAGGUGUACGUGUCCUCCAGGUGUGCGUGUCUUCCAGGUGUAUGUCCUCCAGGUGUGUGUGUCUUCCAGGUGUAUGUCCUCCAGGUGUGUGUGUCUUCCAGGUGUAUGUCCUCCAGGUGUGCAUGUUUUCCAGGUGUAUGUCCUCCAGGUGUGUGUGUCUUCCAGGUGUAGGUCCUCCAGGUGUACGUGUUCUCCAGGUGUGCAUGUCUUCCAGGUGUAUGUGUCCUCCAGGUGUGCGUGUCUUCCAGGUGUAUGUCCUCCAGGUGUGUGUGUCUUCCAGGUGUAUGUCCUCCAGGUGUGCGUGUUUUCCAGGUGUAUGUCCUCCAGGUGUGUGUGUCUUCCAGGUGUAUGUCCUCCAGGUGUGCGUGUCUUCCAGGUGUAUGUCCUCCAGGUGUGUCUCCUUCAGGUGUGUGCAUACUCCAGGUGUGCAUGUUCUCCAGGUGUGUGUGUCUUCCAGGUGUAUGUGUGCUCUAACAAUAUGUCCUCCAAGUGUGCAUGUCUUCCAGGUAUAUGUUCUCCAGGUGUGCACGUCCUCCAGCUGUAUGUCUUCCAGGUGUAUUUCCUCCAGGCAUGCAUGUCCCAGUGUCCUCUACCUGUAUGUCCUCCAGGUAUGUGUGUUUUCCAGGUGUAUGUCCUCCAGGUGUUUGUCCUCCAGGUAUGUGUGUCUUCCAGGUAUAUGUCCUCCAGGUGUGCAUGUCUUCCAGGUGCAUGUCCUCCAGGUGUGCAUGUCCUCUAGCUAUAUGUUCUCCAGGUGUGUAUGUCCUCCAGGUGCAUGUCCUCCAGAUGUGUGUGUCCUCCGGGUGUGUAUGUCCUCCAGGUGUGUGUGUCGUCUAGCUUAUGUCCUCCAGGUGUGUGUCCUUCAGCUGUGCCUGUCUUCCAGGUAUGUGUGACUUCCAGGUGUACGUCCUCCAGGUGUGUGUGUCCUCCUGGUUUAUGUCCUCCAGGCAUGCACAUCAUCCUGGUGUGCGUGUCCUCCAGGUGUGCCUGUCUUCCAGGUAUGUGUGACUUCCAGGUGUACGUCCUCCAGGUGUGUGUGUCCUCCUGGUUUAUGUCCUCCAGGCAUGCACAUCAUCCCGGUGUGCGUGUCCUCCAGGUGUGCCUGUCUUCCAGGUAUGUGUGACUUCCCAGGUGUACGUCCUCCAGGUGUGUGUGUCCUCCUGGUUUAUGUCCUCCAGGCAUGCACAUCCUCCUGGUGUGCGUGUCCUCCAGGUGUGCCUGUUUUCCAGGUAUGUGUCCUCCAGGUGUAUGCCCUCUAGGUGUGCAUGUCCUCCAGGUAUGCGUGUUCUCCGGGUGUGCGUGUGCCCCCAGUGUAUAUGUCCUCCACCUGUGCUUUCUCAGGCCCCCUCACUGCUUUCACUCCGUGGGACUGCCAUAUGCCCAUACCUCUGAGGUCUGGUUCAUGGUAGGGCUUAGAGAUGAAAGGAAGGAAGGAAGGAAGGACCAAGGACAGGACAGUGGUGUGGGGUUGACCUGACCCAGCCCUGGAUGCCCUCUUCGGGUAUAUCAUAUCUCCAGACCAGGGUAUGGGGCUCUAGCCCCAUUUUAUGUGGGAAAUCACAGCUUGGAGAGUGGGUGAGAUGGGGCUUCCCAGGGCCUGGUAGGUAGUCUGGGGAGCUGGCUAGUGUGGCCAGGGCUGUGGGGCGGGCUCUGGGAUGGCAGGUGGGUGUGGUAGACAGGUGCUUGCUGGUCCUGC